GAGAGAAGACGAGGUCGAGGUUGGACGGUACACGGAUUUCCUGUGCCUACUUCAAAAAGGAAUCGUGAUCAUACACUAGAAGCUGCAAGAUGGCAACAAUGGACGUACAAACUGCUCUGGAGAAGGGAAUGCUAGUGGAGCAAAGUGACAGCCGGUACCAGUGCGCGUGCGGCGAGACACUCAAGAAAGCUAGUCUCACAGGACACCUUAAGGGGAAGAAACACUUGAAAGAGUUUACCGUACAAACUGCCCUUGAGAAAAACAUCUUUGUAGAGAUUGAGCACGAGGAAUAUCAGUGUGUUUGCAAAAGAAAGCUGAAGAAGGUAUCAUUGAGAGGACAUCUUACAACAAAGACACACUUGGCAGAGGUACACGCGAGAAAGCUGUGGAUGAAAUCAGGAAAAAAUAAAGAGAUGAAGGACGCACGGAGCAACAACAGUGACCAAGGGGAAGAGAUUACAGUACAAUACGACGAUAAUAUUAUGCGAUGUCAUUCUUGUGGGAAGAGAUUCUCAAACAAGGAAUAUCUCGAACGACACGUCCUAGACAGCAUAUGUCGGGAAAAGAUCAAUAGAAAACGGGAGAAUGUGCAAUCAAGGGGGGUACCGAAAACACCGUACACCAUGACAUCAGAUCCACCAGGGCAUGUUUACGUAUUUAACAACGACUUCGAAGGUCACGAGCUGGAGCGCCGCGGAGCCAAGCAGGACUCGGACAACCUGCAGAAGACUUUCAUUCGCAUGGGCUACGAGGUCUUCCUACUCAAGAACCUCAGCGCGCGGAGGACGAUGGCGGAGGUAGACCGAAUCAGGAGCGACUCGGCCCUCGCCAAAGUCGAUGCCCUCAUCAUGGUGUUCCUCAGCCACGGCAAAAGGGAUAUCAAAUUCCAGGCGCAGGACGGGAAGACGCUUGACCUUCGAAAAAUUCGCAGGAAUUUUACACACUCGCUGUGUCCCAACCUGAAAGGAAAGCCGAAAAUUUUCUUCACGAAUUUCUGCCGCGGAAAAGACCUCCAAACACAGACGGACGGCGUCGAGCCCACGAGGGACAUGGUGACUAUUCACGCGUGCCAGGACGGGAUCGCAGCGCUGCGCAACCCCCGCUCCGGCACCUACUUCGUCAGGGCUCUGUGCUCAGUGCUGCAGGAACACGCAGCCCACAAAAGUCUGCGGGAUAUCUACUACGAGCUGGAAAGGAAAAUGAGGGAAAUGAAAGGGACUGUGCCUCAAUGGGAGGACGAUGUUUUCCGAGAUUUCUAUUUCACGCAAAGAGCGCAUCAAGAGUAAGAAUGCCGUCUGCAUCAGCUCUUUACACAUCGUCUGAAGUAGGAUCUUCUUAUUGCGCAUUCUGUAGCAAGAAACACAAGUCUGAGAAGUGCUGGGAUAUUCAGAAGCUCUCAUUAAAGGAACGUGAAGAAAAAAUUAAAACAGCCCGUUU